AUGCUUUUACUGCUGUCUAGUUUCAGCAUUACGUUGUUUCUUUAUUUCUUAAUACAAAGCAUUAUUCAGAUCGAUGCAUUAUCCAACCAGCUACAUGCGUCCAUUGCGCCUUCAGUGCGAAAAUCAGACUGCAGACUCGAGGCAAUAAACAUUGUCUGCAACCGAUGGACAUGGGCACCUGUCUUCAUUAGAGUGUACCUCAUUGGUAUUUUCGAGACCGUUUACAUUGCGUUGUGUAAGCGUGGAUUGUUCAAGCACUCACUUUCUCAACACUUGAAUGAACAGCAAGUUGACACGUUGAUGCAAUCAUAUGAAAAUACAACACCACAGACAGCGGUGAUCACAGGCGGAGACUCAGGUAUCGGAUUAGAGAUAUGCAAAGGUUUACUUGGAUCUGGAUUUCAUGUCAUUAUGGGCACUCGGUCACUGGAAUUAGGCCAGAGAGCAGUGGACAGUUUAAAGAAGCAGACUGGAUCAGAUAAAGUGUCGUGUAUUGAGCUCGAUUUGACACUCUUCAGAUCAGUGAAGAAAUUUGCGGCAGAGAUCAAAAAGAAAAUCCCUCAAUACCAACUACAACUGCUCAUUAAUAACGCUGGUGUCAUGAACAUCCCAUGCGAAUUGACAAAGGAUGGAUACGAAACGCAGUGUCAAACAAACUUUUUAUCGCCAACUUUACUCACUCAGUUACUGUUGCCAUGGAUGGAUACCAAGUCUGGAAGAGUAUUAUUUGCAUCCAGUUCGACCUUGUAUGCUAUCAAUGAUCUCGAUACUACAUUUUCAUCUUAUACAUACGGAUGGAAUGGACUGGAGCACUAUGCAUACAGCAAAGCUUGCAUUGCUCACAUUGCAGCUCGAUUAGCCAGGUCUACUCGCGUAAAGAUAUACGCGUAUCAUCCAGGCACAGUUCGCACAAAACUAUUUGCUCACACUACCGUAUUCAAUCUCCCGUUUGUUUCUAAAAUGUUUGAUUUCAUUAUGCUAACACCAAAAGAAGGAAGCUUGACACCACUGCAGUUGUGUCUGCGAGAGGAUCUGGGUGAUAGUGGCACCUAUUGGGCGAAUGGACGACUUCAAACAGUCCCUGAUGUUUUGAUUAAUGGAAAGAAGGACAACAUAGAUGCAUUGUGGAAAGACACAUUAUCCAAGUGUGGAAUUUAG